ACGUCACAUAUUCGCAAAGACUUUUACAAGCGUGCAUGCUAUAUUGAGAAGAUGGAAAAUGUCCCUGCCGAAGCCUUGGUAUUCACAGACGAGAGUGCUAUCUGUGAAAGGGACCUAAUGCGAGUCUUUGGGCGUUCACCAUCGGGGAAACGUGUGACUAGAUGGAUCAAACGCACUAAUGCGAAGAGAUAUUCGCUUCUACCCGCAAUUGGAUUGAAUGGGAUGCUUGCAAUGACGGUCCGCGAGGGUAGCAUUGAUCGAAAACGAUUUGAAACUUUCCUCGAGUUCCAGCUACUCCCUGCAAUGAAUCCUUUUCCUGCCGUCAACAGUGUCCUUGUUAUGGACAAUGCCAGAAUUCAUCAUGGUGGUCGCAUAGCAGAGCUUUGCGAAGAGCGAGGUGUUUGACUCAUUUAUUUGCCACCUUAUUGCCCCGAACUCAACCCUAUUGAGAUGCUCUUUUCAGUAAUCAAGAUUCGAUUCAGAAGAAACGGAAUUCUUGAACUCUCGGAUGAAGACUUAGACAUGGUUAUACGUGAUCAUGCCGAGGAAUGUGUCACUCCAACAUUAUUAGCACGUUGGUAUUUCAGUUGUGGCUAUGAUUUAC